UAGAUGGGGUCGAAGAUAUCCUCCACUAGACGGGGUUGAGGACAUGUAAGAUAUUUCACCAUUAAAUGUGAAUUGUACACUUUAAAAGAAUUGGAGAGCAUUCAAAUCCAAAUCGGUCUUAAGUGAGAAAUGGCCACCUUGAGGGGAACUUUGAGCCCAUUCAAGCGCAAUCAUGUAAUUGACAGGCCCAUUGAGCAAACGCUAUUGGACCAGCCCAAUUGUCUACCAUUUUAUCAAACGACGUGGCAGAGGCAUGCGCAACCACGGUGCCACUGUGCCAGCCCUAAAUUGCUACACGGCAUCGUUUUCUUUAGUGCUUGGCUAACAUUUCUUCUCUCGUAACCCCUGGCCCAGUAUUGUCUUUGUUUUUGUCAUUGAUCAGAGCUGAAGCAGCAAGAUGGGAGGAAGAGAUCUGGGCCGUCUGUUCUCUUCAAUCGCAGCACUCUCCGCACCGAAACUAGCCAUACCAUACACCAGAUCUGAUUCAGUGACUCUUUCCGUAACCAAGUCGGCGAUCCGAUUCAUCAGCUCAUCCACUCAACAACAAGAGCAUCGGGAAAAACCCUCACAAGAAGAGACCGAGACCGUAAAGGAAAAUCUUGGCAGAGAAAAAGAAGAAGAAGAGGAAGACGAUGAAGAGGAGGAUGAGGGUCUCGUGAACAAAGACACUGGAGAGAUCGGCGGGCCUAGAGGCCCUGAGCCCACUCGGUAUGGCGACUGGGAGCGAAACGGUCGGUGUUCUGAUUUUUGAUAUUUUUCCUGUAAUUGCUUGGUAUUUAGAAAGUAUUUUAAUGUGGCUCGCUUA